CCCGCCUGCCUGACUCACGGAGACUACUACGACAACCUGUGUGUGGCAAGCCCCGCCUGGGCCCACAGGCUGGAAGCAGCCCCCUGCGGGAGCGACCGCCCAUGGCCCAGGCACCUGUAUGGGCCACUGCCGCCCUCUGACAGGGGCCUGCGUGCCCUCCAGGGUAGCUUUGGCCCAGGCGGCGAGACGCCCGCGGGCCUCUGGUCCACUGCCUCCUCCCAGCGAGUGAGCCCGCUCCUUCCAUCCCUGGGCCUGGAGAACGGGGCCCCUGCGCCACCCCAGAGUCCUCCGGUGUCUGUGCCCCCGGCCUCCGGCCAGGGAGCCCACCCGAGGGCAAACUCAGAGCUGGGCUGUGAGGCUUCGGGCACGAGGCCCAAACCCACCGCGGACCCCCGGCCUUGGUUCCAGGACGGGCCCAAGUCUUACCUCUCCGGCUCUGCCCCACCACCUUCGCCAGCCAUCAUGGAUGCCCGCGGGCCGGAUCCUAAGCCCAGCUGUGUAGACCCCAGCCCUGGGCCCAAGCUUGGCCCUGCCAGCCCCUUGCAGGAACUGUCGUGCAGAGAGGGUCCCGCUGGCUGGUGCCCGGACGGCAGCCUGGGCCCGGGGCUCCCAGAGGCCCCUGGCUCCCCCAGGGUGAGGCUGCCCUUCCAGACACUGCUCCCGGGCCCCGAGCUCGGCCCCUCGACUGCGGAACUCAAGUUAGAAGCUCUCACCCAGCGCCUGGAGCGCGAGCUGGAUGCCCCCCCGAAGGCUGACUACUUUGGAGCCUGCGUGAAGUGCAGCAAAGGAGUGUUUGGGGCCGGCCAGGCCUGCCAGGCCAUGGGCAACCUCUACCAUGACGCCUGCUUCACCUGUGCCUCCUGCAGCCGGAGACUGAGAGGAAAAGCCUUCUAUUUCGUCAAUGGCAAAGUGUUCUGUGAGGAGGACUUCCUGUACUCUGGCUUCCAGCAGUCUGCCGACAGGUGUUUUCUUUGUGGACAUCUGAUCAUGGACAUGAUCCUGCAGGCCCUGGGGAAGUCCUACCACCCCGGCUGUUUCCGCUGUGUCAUCUGUAACGAGUGUCUGGAUGGGGUCCCCUUCACCGUGGACCCAGAGAACAAGAUCUACUGUGUCCGAGAUUACCACAAGGUGCUAGCCCCGAAGUGUGCGGCCUGCCGGCUCCCCAUCCUCCCACCCGAGGGCUCCGAUGAGACGAUCCGCGUGGUGUCCAUGGACAGAGACUACCACGUGGAAUGCUACCGCUGCGAGGACUGUGGCCUGGAACUCAAUGACGAGGACGGUCCCACUUCCUGUGAGAAGCACAGUCAGGGGUGGAUCGCCUUUGCCAUUUCUCUGAGGUCCAAGCUGUUGGACUCUCGGCUGAUGUCACUUGCCAGCUUCCUGCACGCUGGCCGAGCCCUCUGA